GAACUUAAAAUACCCUUUUUUCUUUCAGGAAACUAGUCCUGCAACAACAAGCCAUGGUGCUCCUUUGAUAACAAAAGAUGCAUCCCUCACUGUAGGGUUGAGGGGUCCAAUUCUUCUUCACGACAUAGCGUAUGUGGAUGAAAUGGCUCAUUUUGAUCGUGAACGGAUACCCGAAAGAGUGGUCCACGCAAAAGGUGCUGGUGCCUUUGGUUAUUUUGAAGUUACCCAUGAUAUAAGUAAAUACACGGCUGCAAAAGUUUUUGACCAAGUUGGUAAAAAAACUCCGGUUGCUGUGCGUUUUUCUACGGUGGGUGGUGAAUCUGGUUCAGCAGAUACAGUUCGGGAUCCCCGAGGAUUUUCUGUUAAAUUUUAUACAGAAGAUGGUAACUGGGACUUGGUCGGUAAUAAUACUCCUAUUUUCUUUAUUCGCGAUCCCAUAUUGUUCCCCAAUUUCAUUCACACUCAGAAGCGAAACCCUGCAACCCAUCUUAAAGAUGCAAACAUGUUUUGGGACUUCAUUACUUUAAGACCAGAAACCACCCACCAAAUCACAUACAUGUUUUCUGAUAGAGGAAUUCCCGAUGGUUAUAGACACAUGAACGGUUAUGGAUCACACACAUUUAAGCUCGUAAAUGCCGACAGCAAAUCAAUUUACUGUAAGUUUCAUUUCAAAACAGAUCAAGGUGUCAAAAAUUUGGAUGUGGACAAGGCUGCCCGUUUGGCUUCGUCUGAUCCAGACUAUGCAAUUAGGGAUUUGUACUAG